UCCGGAGAAAUCAUCCGCAAAACCGCUAUCAUCACAGCAGGUAGAUCGUUCACACACCUUAUAAAGAUUCGAAAGGAGGACCAUCAUAAGCUUGUGACGGAAGGAGUGUAUCAAAUCAUGAGGCAUCCGAGUUACACCGGGUUUCUUGUUUGGUCAGUCGGAACGCAGGUGAUGCUGUGUAACCCCGUUUCAGCGAUUGCGUUCGCAGUUGUGGUGUGGCGGUUCUUUGCUGAGAGAAUACCUUAUGAGGAACAUUACUUGAAGCAGUUUUUUGGAAGACAGUAUGUGGAGUAUGCGCAGAGAGUGCCUUCUGGUGUUCCCUUUUUAAAAUAAACCUUUAGAUCAAUUUGUUAACAUAUAUGAGAAUUGUCCCUUAUUACUUUUUACAGAGAAACAAUUAUGAAAGAGACGUCGUUACCUCAUGUUUCAGUUUAAUGUUCUUGUCAA